CGCAUCGGAAUGUAAACAGUGUAGCACACAGAGUGUAUCAUGAGUUUUCGUAGCAGGUAGGGUCAAAGGAUAUUUUAUUAAAACAAAUGAAACUCAGGCGUCGUCUUUUGUAAAUUACCAGUAGCCAUGAAACUGUACCAGGCACUCCGUAAUGUCGAUAAAUUCAGAACCGUUUUCGACUUUGGUGGACGGGACGUAGCUCAUUGGUUCCCCGGACACAUGGCUAAAGGUCUGAAGCAGAUGAGAGCCAGCCUUAAGGGUGUGGACUGCAUCAUAGAAAUCCAUGAUGCCAGAAUUCCCUUCUCUGGAAGAAACCCUGUGUUUCAGGACACGCUGAAUGUCAAACCGCAUCUGCUAGUACUCAACAAGAUGGACCUCGCUGAUUUAUCCAACAAGCAGACAGUUCUCAAAAAGCUCGAACAAAGUGGCGUCAGCAAUGUUAUCUUCACAGACUGUUUGAAGCAAAGAGACAACAAUGUCAAAAAUUUGGUGCCAAAGGUGUUGGAAAUUAUUGAGAAGGAGCCGCGCUUUAACAGAGAGGAGAAUACAAAUUACUGCAUGAUGGUGAUUGGAGUGCCCAAUGUGGGAAAGUCUUCGCUGAUUAACUCACUGAGGAGAACAAACUUGAAAAAAGGUCGUGCAUCUCGAGUAGGAGGGGAGCCAGGUAUAACUAAAGCAGUGCUGACUAAAAUUCAGGUGUGUGAGCGACCUCUUAUGUACCUGCUGGACACACCGGGAGUCUUGCCUCCUAAGAUUGAGAGUGUUGAAACAGGCAUGAAGCUGGCCUUAUGUGGAACUAUACUGGACCAUUUAGUGGGUGAAGACAUUAUUGCUGACUACUUACUUUAUUCUCUGAACAGGCUAGGGAGGUUCAGUUAUGUGGAGAAAUACGACCUCCAAGAGCCUAGUGACAACAUCCAGCAUGUCCUCAAACGCAUCGCUGUAAAGCUCAGAAAGACUCAGCGGGUAAAAGCCAUUACAGGAGUCGGAAACAUUACCGUCACCAUCCCAAACUACACAGCAGCGGCUUACGAUUUCAUAAGAGCAUUCAGGAAAGGAGAGCUGGGACUAGUGAUGCUGGACUGACCUCUAUUUUUGGAAGACUGUUUCUGGGUUUUUACCAGUUUGCCCUCAACCUGGAAAGACUUAUAUUUAGCGUCACAAAGACUGAGUAUAGUCUGCGUCAUGCAACCCUAAUAUCAUGCAGUGUGUCUGGAUUAUUAAUGUCACAUGAAGAUUCCAAACCUUUUUGUAACUAAAAGAAUUAAACUUUGUUUCACAUUAUUUUGCUAAAUAUUAUUAUAGCAACAUUUUUUUUAUAUACAGUUGUCAGAAUUCACGAGGCAGAUGUCUGAUAUGAUGUAAACAGGAUAUUUAUUAGCAUAAAGACAGUGAUAACAACAUAACUCUUUAUUUAUUAUGCACAUAAGUGUUGUAGCAUAUAAUAGAGUGCACUUAUAAAUACGGAACAGUCUGUUGCUCCUGAGUGUCUUCUGUGGGUAAAGAGGUCUUCUGGGAAGAUGGACGCACCAAGAUAACCUUCAGAGACAUGAGCAACUGUGAGAGCAGCAGUUGGUUUGCAAACCAUGUCAUGGUUUGUACACAGGUUUCAGAAAUGAAUUGCUAAAUUCCAGUCAUAAAAAGAGAUGAAUUGCACAGAAAGGGAAGAUGAUUUCAGGAAAAAAGCCGUUUCGCUUUAGUCCCAAAACACAGCACUCUUAUUUGCCUCGUCUUACUGCAGAGAAUCCUAUAAAUUAUUCAGCUAACUAAAGAAGAUUUUUAAAUCCUAUCUCAAAAAUUAAGUUUUGCAGAAAAAUAGCAAAUGAGGCUUCUUCUUCUUUUUACUUCUAAGCAAGAAAUCCAAUGGAAGAAAAUUACAAGAAGCAAGUUUAAUUUGGUGGGUGAAAUAAUGCUGGUGCCGACAUUUUACUGUGUGAACCUUUAAGGAAGGACUAGAAACCCGCACUUCUGUACAAAUUCCAGCAAGUCCGGGCUUGAUAUUCAGUUUCAGGUUCUGCAGACACAUAAGACUUUCCUCUGAGCUGCAGCAUAAGUCACUUUGCAUAUUAUUUAUAUAGAGGCCUUUUUUUUUUUUUAGUAAAGUUGAGUUUGGCAGUAGGAUUAAAGUUGGCAGACUGCAGUUUGUAUAGACAGUGAAGAUAUCUGUAAUUGAAAAUGUUCAUCUGCUUCAAAGAAACUACAGUUAUUCUUAAGUUUGGCACUAGUUUCUGUCACGUAGGCUAUUUGACAAAUGUGAAACGUCACAAUGAAUACUCUGCUGGUAAUGUACAUUUGUCUGUUGAUAAAGAUGAUUAGUGUAAAAACAUA